UUUAAAUUUACAAUCAAAUUUAUUGUUUAUUUAAUUAGAUUUUUAUAAAACUCACCCCUAUCCUCAAAAUUUAGGUUUUUAUCUAGCGUGUUGCCCACCCCUGGUUUAGAAGAAGUUUUACAUUAUGUUUAAUUUUAAUAUCACGUAACUAUUCACUUGAUAUGUAUAUUUUACCAAUAAAAAUAUCUGUUAAUUACACAUUAACUAUUUUUUAGCACUGAUUUUAGAUAGAGGACAAUAUUUUAAAGGCCUGUCAUUAUUGUCUGUAAAUUUGGAGCAUCAUGAGGAAGAUACCAGUCAGCAUCUAAUUAAUGAAAGACAGUGGAAUUUAUAGGUCUAAAAUGUUUUCAAAUGCAGCCUAACAAUUAAUACAUAACCAAUGCAAAUUAUUGUUAAAAAUUCAAUUAUUAAGAAGAAUUAUUUGUCCUAGAAAUUUGGCACUCGAUUUUCUUGAAGAAAUUUGAAAUCCAUGAAUGAGAAAACUUUGCAUGGACCACCUUUAAAUUUUUCAUUUAGAUCAUUGAAUACAAUUAAAGAAGUCCUAGAACAUCGUCCAAGAAUAUGGACUAGACAACUGAAGAAAGAUGAAAAUGGAAAAUAUUUGACUCGAGGAAUUCAAUUAAAUAAUAAUUUAUUAACUUCAUUGGAAGGGUUUACUGAAGUAGCUGAAAAGUUUCUUGCCUUCCCUGAAGAUAUUUCGUGGAUCGAUAUCAGUUUCAAUCAUUUAACUUCUAUAGAAUCGAUCUUAUUGAAUUUUCCAAAUUUAAGAAUAUUAUAUUUACACGGAAACAAUAUAAAUCGACUAUCGCAAUUAUCAUUGUUAACCGAACUAACUCAUCUGAAGAAACUGACCCUGUUCAACAAUCCUGUAGAAACAUUGCCAUUCUAUAGAAUGAAAGUCCUGGGUUAUUUACCAAAUUUAAAGAGUUUAGAUUUCAGUGGAGUUACACUCAAAGAGAGUGAAAGAGCUUCGAGAGAAUUCUCAUCUCACUUAAAUCCCUGAUGUAUUUAAAUUCGUGAUUUCUUCUCCUUAAAUCUAAUUUUAAUAAUAAAAAUUUCAUGUUAUUCAUAAUUUUAGAAAAUAUCUGACUAAAAUAAAUUCGAUUUUUGGAGUGGUAGAUUAAGGCAAUGCAACACAUGUCAGGAGGGUGCCUCCUGGGAAGACUUUUAUGGGAAACUGGCCCCUAUUCUGGUGUUAAACACGUAAAGAAAACAUAAAAAUAUUCACUCAACCAGCCCUUUAGUGAGGUGAGAACCCCCGAAAACAAAACAAAAAAAUUAUAUUUUGGGCCAUCGUUGUGUCCGAGCCAAAACCAGCCUACUUACCUCUCACUGACGGAAUGUAUCAAUAGAUAAAACCAUUAGUAAGGAAGCUAUUUAUAUGCUUCCUUGAAAGAUUGUGGCACAUAUAAAUAACAAGUUAAAUUCGUCAGUCAGUUUUCUAUUCUUAUCAAUAUACAAAUGUCCAGUAUACACUAAAACAGGCCAUACGUCAAAGCUGCCGAUGAUGGAGUACUUCUACGGUUCCCCUCUGAACGGUAACCUUCGACCGUUAAGGUCAACCACACCCCUAAUCGGAGUUGAAAGACAGAGUAGGAAAACUGUUUUGUGUGCUGGAGACUCGUUGUGACCAUUUGACUCUAACAAAUUUCGAGUAUCUUUAAGAGAAGCUGUUUACGAAGAAUUACAAAAGUUUUCAUUUAUAACGAAAAAUAAUCGGUUCUUCCUUCCUCUCAAUCCUGCGGAAGAUGCCCGACAGUUAAGCCGACAUGGAAGAACGUCGAG